AUGGCUGUAGUAGCAACAACAAGUGGUUUAUUUGCAUUGACAUUAUUAGCAAAAGCAACGGAUGGGUCAACUGGUGAUAGGCAUCAAGUCUUUCUGACAUGUAUAGAAACGUGUAUAAGAAGAUAUAACUGUCCACGAAAAUAUGAUGAGAUUGGUUGGAUAUUUGGUGAAUGUUUCAAGUGUCGUUAUAGUUGUAAAUGGAAAACUGUGGAAUAUUUUAAUGAUGUCUUACAUCAAUCUGUGCCACAGUUUUAUGGUAAAUGGCCAUUUUUAGCUAUUUGGCUUCCAUUCAUUGUACCUCUUCCAAUACAAGAAUUUGCUUCUGUUAUAUUUUCAAUAAUGAAUUUACUCACGACGUUAUCUAUGUAUCGUACAGUUAAACGUCUUCGUAAUUCAAAUCGUUUAAAAAUCGUUUGGAUUGUUAAUUCGAUGAUUGGAAUUGUAAUGUGGACAUGUUCAGUCAUUUUUCAUUGGGCGGACUUUUGGUUAACCGAAUAUUUGGAUUACUUCACUGCAUGCGCAUUCAUUGUAUUUGCCCUUUUUGCUAGCAUUUCAUUUACCAUUAAGUCACUUCAAAAUUGUUACCAAGGAAGGAUAUUGUGGUUCUUCUUAUUUAUCACUUUCUUAUAUCUGUAUGCAAAUCAUAUAUACAAUCUUAUGAUAUAUUUCGACUACGGUUACAAUAUGAAAAUGUGUAUUGCAUGUUCAUUCUUUACAUCUUUUAUUUACUAUGUAUGGCUGGUGCAACAAUGGAACCUAAGAGAUCGUUCAAGUAGACGAUCGUUAUCAUAUUUAGCUGUAGUUGUCACCUGGGGCUUGUUAUCCGUCCUGUUGGAGGUCUUAGAUUUUGUUCCAUUAUAUUGGAUUAUUGAUUCACAUUCAUUAUUUCACUUAGCAACGGUGCCAUUACCGUUACUCUUGGCUCGUUUUAUACAGUUGGAAAGUGCAUAUGAAAUACAAAAGCAAAUGGAAAAUAUUAAGCAGACUUGA